UGCCCUCGAUGGUUUGACACCUCUAGGACCAAAUAAAAACAAACUUUGGCACAAACUUUAAUUAUAACGGCACGUGGCAUGCGUGUUAGUGUCGCCCGUAUUGACGAAUAGAACAGGCCAGUCAGUUAAAUAUUAAAAUCCAUCCCAUCGCCGUUAUUAUGCAGAGACUGAUGUAAGAUGAACGCAUUGCGCAACAUCUUCACAUCGCGUACUUUGAACUACUUGCGCCAAAAUGGACAGAACGCGAUCCUCAAUGCCACACAGCAGCCGGCGGUUGUGGACCCCAGCCUGCCCCUUGCCGAUGCGGACAAAGCGCUGAAAGAUGCCCGCCCAUCGCCGCUAUCCAUACCGCGUUCCAUCCUCGACGCCUGUCAGUUUACGGCCAAGCCGUUCGACAUUGGCCGCUCGGCGGUUGCCCAGCAAAGCGGUUCACUAUCACCCACAACGCUCAAGCGGUUCCGCCGCAUGCAGCGUCGCAUGGAGCUGGUCUACCGCUGCAAGCUGUGCAACACACGCAACACGAAGACCAUUAGCGAGGAGGCCUACUACAGCGGCGUUGUGAUUCUCCAGUGCGACGGCUGUGCGGUCGAUCACCUGAUUAAGGACAAUCUGGGACUGUUCGCCAAUGGCGAGGGCGACACCAGCACAAGUACCGGCAAGAAUAUCGACCAGCUGCUCUCCGAACGUCAUGCCCGGGUGCGCAUAAUCAAGGUGAACGAGCACGGCGAGCUUAUUUAGGAAUCUAGUCAACGAUCGAUCAACAUCUCCGCUGAUCCUGUCGCCAGUCGCUUCAGUUUUCUCUGCGUUUUCUGCUCACGCAAAACGUCCCAACACAACACGGACGGAACAUUGAACCUGCAGUCUGCAGCCGAACAAACCUGAACUAAUUUCUCAUUAAUUCUGUUCUAAAUUUGUUGUUGUUUUUAUAUCGAUUAUAUGAGAUAUAGCCGCAUGCUAAAAAAAACGUUGCACUCGAAUUUAAUUGUUGAUGAGUAAUGCAAUGAUUAAACAACAAAAAAUAAGCACACCAAA